AAAAAAUCGUGCUAUUCAACAGCCUCGUCUUCCUCCGCCUCUCCGCACAACUCGCGGCUCUCCGCCUCCUCCUCCUCGUCCCCCCGCUUGCGGUGGCCUCUCUCGGUAGAUCCAGGGUCAGGUUCGCGGCGCCGGCGGCCGUGGGGAACGAAGACGAGGGGGGCGGAAUCCGCGGGCGUGAGGCGGAGAGGAUGGGGAACCCGCAUGGCGGCCUCGACGAGCAGAUCGAGCAGCUCUUGCAGUGCAAGCCCCUGGCCGAGCCCGAGCUGAGAGCACUGUGUGGGAAAGCUAAAGAGGUUUUGAUGGAGGAAAGCAAUGUUCAGCCUGUGAGAAGUCCUGUCACAAUAUGUGGUGAUAUUCAUGGUCAGUUUCAUGAUCUUGCGGAACUAUUCCGAAUUGGUGGGAAGUGUCCUGAUACAAAUUACCUAUUUAUGGGAGAUUACGUGGACCGUGGUUACUAUUCUGUUGAAACUGUAUCGCUUCUGGUGGCUUUGAAAGUUCGUUAUCCACAUCGAAUUACAAUUCUUAGAGGAAAUCAUGAGAGCCGGCAGAUUACUCAAGUUUAUGGAUUUUAUGACGAGUGCUUACGGAAGUACGGAAGUGCUACUGUAUGGAAAACAUUCACAGAUCUUUUCGACUAUUUCCCGUUGACAGCAUUGGUCGAGUCCGAAAUAUUUUGCCUGCAUGGUGGACUAUCACCAUCCAUCGAGACACUUGAUAACGUUCGUAGCUUUGAUCGUAUCCAAGAAGUUCCUCAUGAGGGGCCCAUGUGUGAUCUUCUAUGGUCUGAUCCUGAUGACCGAUGUGGUUGGGGCAUCUCACCACGUGGCGCCGGAUAUACUUUUGGCCAGGAUAUUUCAGAGCAAUUUAACCAUACCAAUAACCUUAGGCUAAUAGCAAGAGCUCAUCAGUUAGUUAUGGAGGGAUUCAAUUGGGCACAUGAGCAAAAGGUUGUGACAAUAUUCAGUGCACCUAACUACUGUUACCGUUGUGGUAACAUGGCCUCAAUCUUGGAGGUAGAUGAUUGCAGGGAGCAUACUUUCAUCCAGUUUGAGCCUGCCCCAAGGAGAGGAGAGCCUGAUGUGACUCGAAGAACGCCUGACUAUUUCUUGUAAAUAUAGCACUAGGUUGCUUUGGGCAGCAAAUGAAAAGUGUGUUAUAGUUAGAUGCGUCGUGUGUUGUGCUAAAUAUUUUUUUUUGGUUAUCACUAUUUGCUUCAGUUCUUCUGUUGUAUUCACUUGGUCGUAAUCCGCUCUCGUCUGUUGGGCUCAGGGGUCUCAUGCAGAAACUUAAUUCUUGUUUAGUUAGCUGUGUAGUAACAUGCAACAAUGGCAUUUCUUUUGUUAACGGUGUCGACAGUUAGACUCGUGUAAUUUAAAAUAUAAUGUUUUGCGACAAUUUCCAUCAAGUGUGAAAA